AUGGAUCGUGUCAUGAUGAUCUUGGGCCAAGCGAACACGGAAGCCAUUAAAGAACCCAGAGGCUUCAUAAAGUUCAUCCAAAUUGUCAUAGCCAUAUGUGCAUUUGCCACAGCGGUGAACAACAGCUCCUACACGGCUUUCAACUUCGUCUGUAAUGAAACCAGUCUUGUACAGAGUCGCAACCUACCAUUUUAUUACCCUUACAAUUUGCAAGCCUCCAGUGUGUUUCAUCUGCCACUUUGUCCUAAAGCCAAUGAAAGUGAUGUUGUUACGCAAGGAAGUUGUUACGGUGACUUUAGUGGUCGAUCUCAAUUGUUUGUCUUUGUUGGUGUAUCUGCUUUCCUCUACAGUCUCUUCAUGGUGACCUUCUACAUCCUGGCUGAUGAUAAGUACCACCAGAUUGCUGUCAUUCCAAACAUUGAUUUCAUAAUGACAGUCAUCUUCACGAUUGCCUGGUUCGUGUUCUCGUCGGCUUGGGCAGAUGGUGUCGUAAAGAUCAAACACUACACGGACCCCAACUCGCUCUUCCUCGAGAACUCUUUCAAUAAAGAGAACUUGCCUGAAUGCCUGCCUGAGAAUAAGCUGGUCUCCUGUCAGGCUGAUCCUGAUCACACUGGGAAUUAUAAGAACCUCAAUAUCUCCAUUGUGUUUGGCUUUCUCUGUUUUGGAGUCUGGCUAGGCAAUCUUUGGUUUCUGUACAAAGAAACUAAAUGGUACAAAGAUAGCCAUGGGGUCAGCCAACAACAACAACAACAGCAGCAGAGUCCGAACAACAUGCCUUCUUCACCUUCGUCAGAUUUCCAAUAGAGAUCAUAAUGAUAAGCUGCUAGAGCAUAAUUAUUACUCUACAGCUAUUGUAAUAUAUAUAAUACAACAUAAUAUAAUAUAAUAUAACUUAAUAUAAUAAAAUGUAGUAUGAUGUAAGUUAGUGAAAUUGAUUCAAUAAUGCUAAUUGCAAGUUGCGUGCAAUGUAUUUUGUGAUGUCGUUGGUGAUGGGUAGUUGUCGCUGUGAUGAUGUUAACGCUGGUCAUGAUAGUGAUG